GCGCGCACGCAGACCUCGCCCGGCCCCAGCCUCCUUCCUUACGCAGGGCGCGCACGCCGAGUGACGCUCAGAGGAGGAAGCGCAGUUCCUUUUCCCCUCCCUCGCUGCCCCUGGCCCAGCGGGAGCCCCCCCCAGUGCGCCUGUGCGGAGGCCUAGUUGAUUAUGUGUGCCCUCUCCGGGCCUCAGCGCUAGCGGCCGGGUGGAGGUGGGGAGGGAAGAAGACGAGGAGGAGGAGGAGGCGGUGGAAGGGAGGUGGGGGGAGUCAGCAAGGACAUGGCUCCUGACUCCUGUGCGGAACAUGGUCUCUAGCGACCGGCCCGUGUCACUGGAGGACGAGGUCUCCCAUAGUAUGAAGGAGAUGAUUGGAGGCUGUUGCGUUUGCUCAGACGAGAGAGGCUGGGCCGAGAACCCGCUGGUUUAUUGCGACGGGCACGGCUGCAGCGUCGCGGUGCAUCAAGCUUGUUAUGGCAUUGUUCAAGUACCCACUGGACCAUGGUUUUGCAGGAAAUGUGAAUCUCAAGAGAGAGCAGCCAGAGUGAGAUGUGAACUAUGUCCCCAUAAGGAUGGAGCUUUAAAAAGAACAGAUAAUGGGGGUUGGGCUCAUGUGGUUUGUGCCCUGUAUAUUCCAGAGGUACAAUUUGCCAAUGUUUCUACAAUGGAACCAAUUGUUUUACAGUCUGUUCCCCAUGAUCGUUAUAAUAAGACUUGCUAUAUUUGUGAUGAACAAGGAAGAGAAAGCAAAGCAGCUACUGGUGCUUGCAUGACAUGUAAUAAACAUGGAUGUCGACAGGCUUUCCAUGUAACAUGUGCUCAAUUUGCUGGGCUUCUUUGUGAAGAAGAAGGUAAUGGUGCAGAUAAUGUCCAGUACUGUGGCUACUGUAAAUACCAUUUUAGCAAACUGAAAAAGAGCAAACGGGGAUCUAAUAGGUCAUAUGAUCAAAGUUUAAGUGAUUCUUCCUCUCACUCUCAGGAUAAACAUCAUGAGAAAGAGAAAAAAAAAUAUAAAGAAAAAGACAAACAUAAACAAAAACACAAGAAACAACCUGAACCAUCACCUGCAUUAGUUCCAUCCUUGACUGUUACUACAGAAAAGACUUAUACAAGCACUACCAGCAACUCCAUGUCAGGAUCAUUGAAGCGCUUGGAAGAUACUGCAGCAAGAUUUACGAAUGCGAAUUUCCAGGAAGUUUCUGCUCAUACCUCUAGUGGAAAAGAGGUUUCUGAGCCUAGAGGGUCAGAGGGAAAAGGGAAGAAAUCUUCAACACACAGCUCUGGUCAAAGGGGAAGAAAGCCUGCUGGUGGAAGAAAUCCAGGAACAACUGUGUCAGCUGCUAGUCCUUUUCAACAAGGGAGUUUUUCAGGAACUCCAGGCAGUGUAAAAUCAUCUUCUGGAAGUUCAGUUCAGUCUCCCCAGGAUUUCUUGAGCUUUACAGACUCAGAGCUGCGUAAUGACAGUUAUAGUCACUCCCAGCAGUCAUCUUCAACCAAAGAUGUACAUAAAGGAGAAUCUGGAAGUCAGGAAGGCGGAGUAAAUAGUUUCAGUUCCUUAAUUGGUCUUCCUUCAACCUCAACUGUAAUUUCACAACCUAAAAGCUUUGAAAAUUCACCUGGUGAUUUGGGUAAUUCCAGCCUUCCUACAUCAGGAUAUAAACGGGCUCAAACUUCUGGCAUUGAAGAAGAAACUGUAAAAGAGAAGAAAAGAAAAGGAAACAAGCAAAGCAAGCAUGGACCUGGUAGGCCCAAAGGAAACAAAAAUCAAGAGAAUAUUUCUCACCUCUCAGUUUCUUCUGCUUCACCAACAUCAUCUGUAACAUCAGCUGCAGGAAGUGUAACAAGUUGUAGUCUCCAGAAAUCUCCUACAUUGCUCAGGAAUGGAAGUUUACAGAGUCUUAGUGUUGGCUCAUCUCCAGUUGGUUCAGAAAUUUCGAUGCAGUAUCGACAUGAAGGAGCUUGUCCAACAACUACUUUCUCAGAGUUGCUGAAUGCAAUACACAAUGGUAUUUAUAACAGCAAUGAUGUAGCAGUUUCUUUUCCAAAUGUAGUGUCUGGUUCAGGGUCUAGUACUCCUGUCUCCAGUUCUCAUUUACCUCAGCAAUCUUCUGGUCACUUGCAACAAGUGGGCGCUCUUUCUCCCUUAGCCACAUCAUCUGCAACUACUGCUGUGGCUACAACUCAGGCAAAUACCCUAUCUGGAGCUUCUCUUAGUCAAGCACCAUCUCAUAUGUAUGGCAAUAGGUUAAACCCAAGUUCAUCAAUGGCAACUCUUAUAGCUCAGUCUGAAAACAAUCAAACAGAUCAAGAUCUUGGAGACAAUAACCGCAGCCUUGUUGGCAGGGGAAGCUCACCCAGAGGAAGUAUCUCACCAAGAUCUCCAGUAAGCAGCUUACCAAUUCGUUAUGACCAACCAGGCAGCAGCAGUUUGGAAAAUCUGCCUCCAGUAGCAGCAAGUAUAGAACAGCUUUUGGAGAGGCAGUGGAGCGAAGGACAGCAGUUUUUACUAGAACAGGGUACUCCAAGUGACAUUUUAGGAAUGCUGAAAUCAUUACACCAACUUCAAGUUGAAAAUAGAAGAUUAGAGGAACAGAUUAAAAACUUGACUGCCAAAAAGGAACGCCUUCAGUUAUUAAAUGCACAACUUUCAGUGCCUUUUCCAACAAUAACCACAAAUCCCAGUCCAUCCCAUCAAAUACAUGCAUUUUCAACACAGAUUGCUCCUACUACUGAUUCCUUAAACAGCAGUAAGAGCCCCCACCUGGGAAACAGCUUUUUACCUGAUAAUUCUCUUCCUGUGUUAAAUCAGGAUUUACCCUCCAGUGGACAGAGCACCAGCAGUUCAUCCGCUCUUUCUACUCCACCACCUGCUGGGCAGAGUCCAGCUCAGCAAGGCUCAGGAGUUAGUGGAGUUCAACAGGUCAAUGGUGUGACAGUGGGGGCACUAGCUAGUGGAAUGCAGACUGUAACAUCCACCAUUCCUGCUGUUCCUGGAGUGGGUGGAAUAAUUGGAGCUUUGCCAGGUAACCAACUGGCAAUCAAUGGCAUUGUUGGAGCUUUAAAUGGGGUUAUUCAGACACCUGUCACAAUAUCUCAGAACCCUACACCCCUCAGCCAUACAACUGUACCACCUAAUGCAACACAUCCAAUGCCAGCUACAUUGACAAACAGUGCCUCAGGUCUAGGAUUACUUUCUGACCAGCAAAGACAAAUACUACUUCAUCAACAACAAUUUCAGCAGCUGUUAAAUUCUCAGCAGCUCACACCGGAACAACAUCAGGCCCUUUUGUAUCAAUUGAUGCAGCAGCAUCACCACCAGCAGCACCACCAGCCUGAACUGCAGCAGAUACAGAUUCCUGGCCCAACACAGAUACCAAUAAACAACCUACUUGCAGGUACUCAGCCACCACCACUUCACACAGCUACCACUAACCCAUUUCUCACACUCCAUGGUGAUAAUACAAGCCAGAAAGUAUCAAGACUUAGUGAUAAAACUGGACCUGUAACUCAAGAGAAAAGUUGACACAUAAGAAACAUCUAGAAAUUGCUUAUCCUGCUGUUCUAGCACUUCAUCUGGCUGCUGUUGUAGUCCUCGUUCUCCACCUGUGAAGAAAUGCAACAAGAAACUGCACAACAAAGGAUUAAUUGCCACAAGGACAUUCUUGUAAGCUUUGACUGAUUUUCUUGUUGCUUUGUUGCACUGAAAUAAACUCUGUCCCCUACUCCUAUUUUUUGAACUUUGAAGAAAAUUCAAUAACUAAAUUUUGUCAGUGAAAUGCUUUUUACAUGCAAUGGGUUUAUCAA